AUGGCGGCAACGAACGCGGUUGAGGCCGGGUACGGCGGCGCGGCGGAGAACGGCGGGUGUGCGGAGGGGCUGCUGGGGUCGCCGAUGCGGUUUUCGCCGUCGUCGAAGCUGAAGGUGAACCACGGGCACUUUAUGGCGAACAUUAACAACAACGCGGGGCCUGGCAAGGGCGGGACGGCCGCGGGCGGGACGAGCCCGACGCGGGAGGCGUCGUACGCGAACGUGUCGGGGUCCGGGAAGGUGAUCGAGAACCUCCACCAGCAGGUGGACGCGUUGACGAGCACGAACCUCCAGCUUACGAAGCAGUCGAACCAGUUGCUCGAGAAGUUGGAGGGGUGUAACGCGCGGGAGGCGAAGUACUUAGAGACGAUAUCGAGUUUGAAGCACGAGAAUGAGAACUUGAACUCGAUGCUCAACCGCAAGACACGCCGCGUCAAGGACCUCGAUAUGGAGCUUGUGCAGCUCCGGACGUCUCACGAGGAGGCCACGGCGUCGCACAACCAGCUAAAGUACCAGCUUGAGAACAAGUUUGCGCACGAGACAGAGUUGGAACAGCAGUGCCAGUUGCUGCAGGCACAGUACGACGCUGUUGUCGAUGCGCAGCGGCGGUACCGCGAGCACUACCAGAAGGAGAUAGAGGAGUUGCGGGAAGCACUCGAGGCCUUGAAGAAGGACAACGACAAAUUUUUGGGCGAGCACAUGGCCAGGCUGACCCGCAGCCAGCUCGACAUAGACAAGAGUAUGAGCGACUACAACGGUAAGUUCCACAGGAUGGAAUUAUCACAGAAAGAGGCAGUUAUUGAAUUGAACGAGAAAUAUGAUAGAAUGAGAGCUGACUUAGACGUUGACGGGUGGAUUGUGCUUUACAAGCAGAUGAGGGACAUAGCGUUUGACUAUGCGAAACAGCUAGAUCUGAGCUUGCCAAAGGAGUUUGCUGAGUUGCAUGGCGAAGAUGGGUACUACGCUAAGAUGCUAGAUGAGGACAGGCAAUCCUCCCCUGUCAGUACUAGCUCUACCGCUGUGGAACCAAUGUCGCAGCCCUCUCCCUCGAUGAGUGCGCAGACUCUCUCUCCGCCACCACUGAGAGUUCCCAAAAACAGGACGCCGAUUACAAAACGCAGCAGCUUUUACGGUAACACUAUGCCUGGUGCCAACAUUUCGUUGACUUCUGCGACUGGUCUCCUACCUGGCGUGAAGCGGACUGGCUCCAUCAGAAGUUUCCAUGGGAGGGCGCCCUCUGAGGGACUCUCUGACACCCCAACCAUAUUCACUGCAUCCCGCAAUGCAUCCCCCAUGGAAUUCCCUCAAAGAAGUGCAUUAACCUCGGCUGCGUCUGCGAACGCGACGGUAAGGCAUUCUUCUGUUCCAAGGCACAGAAGGAACCAGUCUUCACAGGUCGGAAACAAUAAGUAG